AUGUUAAGCCGAGCCCCCACCGCGGUUACCACCGUCCGCGGAUUUCAGGCAACCCCCGUCGCCUCCGGGGAUGAGGACUCCGACCAUGGCCUUGGAGAUACUCCACGCAUGCCCGCUCGCAGCGGACGUAAGCUUAUCGACGAUGUUGUCAGCGCCAACUGCAGCCCGAUUCUUCGCCCCAGCGGCUCUCCCGCCGUGUCGGGUAUCGCUAAGCUGCGUCUGCAGAUGGACCCUUUGAGUCUGGAUGGGUCUUCAUCGCCAUGUCAUUCUAUGAGUCGCUCCGGGAGCCACCAAGGCUUGGGUCUGGAUGUGCGUCGAAAGCUCAUUAGUCGCUCGCAGAGCCGCGACGAUGUUCGUAGCGACACUGGCAGUGAUGGCUCGGAGAACGGCUCCAUGAGUUAUGAGGUCAAUCUGGAAAACGACUUUGUUAGUGAGAGUGUUCGCGAGCGCACUGGUUACAUGGAACCGCUUGAGGGCGGUCUGAACCCGAGACGCAAGAUGACGUCGGAGGACUUUGACCACCUCAGAUGUCUUGGCAAGGGUACAUACGGAACGGUGCUUCUGGUGAAGCAACGCUCUACUGGGCGGCUCUAUGCGCAGAAACAAUUUAAGAAGGCGUCUCUGGUGGUCCAUAAGAAACUCGUCGAGCAGACCAAGACUGAGCGACAGAUCCUCGAAUCGGUCAACAGGCACCCCUUUGUGGUCAAGCUCUUCUACGCUUUCCAAGAUCGCGAGAAGCUCUACCUGAUUCUUGAAUAUGGACAGGGUGGAGAGUUGUUCACUCAUCUGAACACGGAAAAGAUGUUCACAGAGACGGUGGCGGCUUUUUACAUGGCCGAAAUGCUCCUCGCCAUUUCGCACCUUCAUAAUGAUUUGGGAGUCGUCUAUCGCGACCUCAAGCCCGAGAACUGCCUUUUGGAUUCCGAAGGUCACCUGCUUUUGACGGAUUUCGGGCUUUCCAAGGUCGCCGUAGAUCAGUCGGAGAGCUGCAACUCGAUGCUUGGCACGGUGGAAUACAUGGCACCGGAGGUGGUGCUUGGAAAGAAGUACGGCAAAGCGGUCGAUUGGUGGUCCUUUGGCGCUCUUGGAUAUGACUUGAUGACUGGAAACCCACCUUUCCGUGGCCAGAACCACGCCAAGAUCCAGGACAACAUUGUCAAGCAGAAGCUGGUGCUCCCAUACUUCCUGAGCCCUGACGCUAAAGACUUGCUCACGAGGCUCCUGCGCAAGGACCCCAAUAAGCGACUCGGUGCGGUCAUGCCAAAGGACCUGCAGACGAUGAAGAAACACCGUUUCUUCCGCAAGAUCGACUGGAAGAAGCUCGCAGCACGAGAGCUGGAGCCGCCGAUCCAGCCGAUGAUCACUGACCCAGAGUUGGCCGAGAACUUCGCGCCCGAAUUCACUGAGCUUUCGCUCAGCCCCGUUCAGACGAGCAGUGAUAUCUGGUCGCGGAGCGUCCCUAAGGAUGACCUCUUUGGCGGAUUCAGUUUCGUUGCGUCAUCGAGCCUCUUGGAGAAUGAGGGCUUUGCUUUCGCGGCGCAGAUCUGA